CUCAAUCUAACCCUAACCCAAUACUUAACAGCUAUAGCUAUACAAUAUUAGAGAAGCCGAGACAGAGCUAGAGAAACCCCAAAAUCAUCUUCAACAAACACCUCCCCAAGCUCUCCAAGCUCCACAUACCAGAAAACCCUUUUCAACAAUUAAGAUCACGAAGAUGAAGAUGAUGAUGGUGGUGGUGGUGGUGGUGGUGGUGGACCGGCCAUGACACACCAAAAUCUCUCUAUGCUACUUCUUUACAACUCUUUCUUUCUCAUCACCAAAGCCGGCCUAGUUAGUACUACUGCUAAUAUCUAGAACAGCAAUAUAUAUAUAUAUAUAUAAAUAGAUAGAUAGAUCCAAGAGUCUUAAUUUUGUUCUUGAAUUAUUAUUAGGGUAAUAAUUCUUCGUACUGAUAUAAACAUAUAUAUAGUUAUAGUUAUAUAUAAAUAUGGAUGCCCAUUCUCUUCCACCUCCUUUCCACACAAGAGACUUUCACUUCCAUCAACAACAAUUCCAGCAGCAGCACAACUCGGAAGAUGAGCAAACCGGGAGCAGCAUAAACCACCUCACCAAAACCCCCAAGAGAGAUCGCGGUGACGAAGAUGACGGCAGUGGCGGAGACCACUCCGGUGGUAAAGACCUAGUCUCUGGCUCGGGCGACGACCAAGACAAGAUGAUGUCUCGGCGCCCGAGAGGAAGACCAGCCGGAUCCAAGAACAAGCCCAAACCACCCAUCAUCAUCACACGCGACAGCGCCAACGCUCUCCGUACUCACGUCAUGGAGAUCGCCGAUGGCUGCGACAUCGUCGAGAGUGUCGCUACCUUCGCGCGCCGCCGCCAGCGCGGUGUCUGCAUUAUGAGCGGUACAGGUACUGUCACCAACGUCACUCUCCGCCAGCCGGCUUCCCCGGGAGCUAUUGUCACUUUGCACGGCCGGUUUGAAAUCUUGUCACUUGCCGGGAGCUUCCUGCCUCCGCCGGCUCCACCGGCGGCUACCGGACUGACGAUUUACUUGGCUGGGGGACAAGGGCAGGUCGUUGGGGGAAGCGUUGUGGGAACGCUUAUUGCUUCUGGGCCGGUGGUUGUUAUGGCGGCUUCGUUUAGUAACGCAGCCUACGAGAGGCUGCCGUUGGAGGAGGAAGAAGCGGCUAUGCCAAUGCAAGGUGGAGGGAGUCUUGGGUCUCCUACCGGCGGCGGAGUUGGGCACGGACAAGGGCAGAAUCCGCAGUUAAUGACGGCGGCGGAUCAGGCGAACUCGAGUGGACCAGGUCUGUUUCAUGGGCUGCCGCCUAAUCUACUCAAUUCCAUUCAAAUGCCAUCUGAGGCUUAUUGGGCCACUGGUAGACCUCCUUUCUAAUUGAGUACUCAACUACAACUAUAUAUAUAUAGAUAUCUAUACAUAUAUCAGUUGAUCAUCAUCGUCGUCGUCGUCAUCAUCAUGGCCUUCUUCAUUCCUAGAAAUCAUUACCAAGUACUAUAUACAUAUAGGUAUGUGUAUGUGUAGCUAUAUAUGUGUAUAUAUAUCUAGCUAUAUAUAUGUAUGUGUAUGUAGGAAUUAAGUAGCUAGUAGAGGAGUUAUUUGGGUUUGUCGGGCGAGAGCAAAAGCUUAAUAUUUCAGGUUUUUCUUUUAUUUUUUAUUUGAAAGAUUUUUGUACUCUUUUCCUUUUUUGGGUUUAGUUUCGUUUCUCAUUUUGAUGACAAGUUUCACCUUGUUGAUUGAUGAAGGACUUUGUAUAUUUCAUGAUGAAUUUAUUAUGUCGAGUUAGAUUAGUUCUCUAAAACUUUAUUGUAUGUUAAUUA